CAAUCCACCACACGACAACCCACGCAUCGACCAAAACAGGCUGCCCUUGGGCCUAAAAUCGUAGCAGGAGACACGAGAACGACCGGAUCGACGACAGAAUGCAGAGCAAGCCAGAACAGGACAGGAACCAGGAGGCGACGGUGUACUUGGGAAACCUCGACGAGCGGUGUACCGACGCAUUGAUAUGGGAGCUGAUGCUGCAAGCCGGCCCAGUGUCCAACGUCUUCCUCCCCAAGGACCGCAUCUCGAUGGCGCACCAGGGCUUCGGGUUCUGCGAGUUCCUCGCGGAAGACGACGCAGAGUACGCCGUCAAGAUCAUGAACCAGAUCAAGCUGUUCGGCAAGCCGAUCCGCGUCAACAAGGCGAGCUACGACAAGAAGCAGCUCGAUGUCGGCGCGAACCUGUUCAUCGGCAACAUUGAUGCUGGGGUGGACGAGAAUGCGCUGUAUGAUACGUUUAGCACAUUCGGCGCGAUCGCCGAGCACCCGAAGAUCGCGCGCGACGCGUCCACUGGCGAAUCAAAGGGCUACGGCUUCGUCUCGUUCCUCGAGUUCGAGGCCGCCGACAUGGCCGUCGAGAACAUGAACGGCCAGUUCCUCGGCGGAAAACAGGUGUCGGUGCAGUACGCGUUCAAGAAGGACGGCAAGGGCGAGCGGCACGGCACGCAGGCCGAGCGUCUGCUCGCGGCACAGGCAAAGAAGCAGAGCUUUGGCGGCUUCAGCCAGCCGGCGUACGUCCCGCCUGUAGCUGCCGCGCCGGUCGCCGCUGCGCCGCCUCCUCUGCCGGCAGGCUUCGCGGCUGCCAACGUUAUCGGCGCGCCGCCCGCCCCUGGAGGGUACGCUGGAUACCCCCCACAGCAGCAGCAGUACGGCGCCUACCCCCAGCAGCAGCAGUACGGACAGAACGGGUACGCGCCUCCCCCACCACCACAACAGUACGCUGCGGCCGGCGCGCCGCCCCCGCCGCCACCCAUGCGCAUGGGCUUCAACUAGUAGAGUGAUG